UAUUUGUAAUGCGCCAAAAAACCGUUGAGCGUGAAUGCUCACCAAUGAGAUUUUCUUCAAAUAUUCUUCAUUUGACAAGCAAGUUAUUUGCUGAAUCACGCAGCUACCGCUUUUGAACGCACAUCAUGCUUAUGAGACAAUGUGCCCUCAUGCGCUUAGUACAAACAUGAAUAUUAAAAGUGCAAAUCAUCGAAACUGUAACGAUCAUGCCUCCCCCGAGAGAUGUUUACACAUUUUAUGAUCCUGCCACAAAAGUAUGGAGCGGCACCAAAACACCGCCGCUACUGAACCCAAAUCAAUCGUUGGGUGAACUAAUCCUAGCAGUGUUGGCCAAAACACCCGAUUCGGUGACACAGAUCAGUGCCGACAGUGGUGCUCGAGUUACUUGUGCAGAGACCCGCCUGCGAACGGUUCGUGUGGCGCAAAACCUGAUCGCCUUGGGUUAUGGUCAGCAGGAUGUUUUUACGAUGGCCGUGCGGAACGGAGAACUGGUCGCUCCGGUCGUUUUCGCCUGCUUUGCUCUCGGUAUCCCGUUGAAUACUCUGGAUGCAACCUUCAAACGGGAUGAUUUAAGUUUUAUGCUGGAAAAGGUCAAACCAAGCGUCGUCUUCUGCGAUCAGGAAACGUUGGAUGAAAUGCAAGAGUCUAUAAAAAUGGCAAACAUAAAUCCAGUGGUGUUUGUUUUUGGAGAGAAGGUCGAUGAGUUCAGGCACGUAGAGGAGUUGAUGAUACCUACUAACAUUGAAGAAAAGUUCGUCCCAAUUCACUUUGAAGAUCCUUCGACGAAGUUGGCUAUCAUUGUAUGCUCAUCCGGAACUACGGGCCGUUCUAAAGGAGUAUGUCUAUCGCAUGCACUAUGCAUUGCAAAUAUAGCUUGUAUGUUGGACUGUCGGCCAACGGAUGUGCUGUUGGGUUUCAGUUCUUUAUAUUGGUUGUCUGGCGUAGCCUUUCUACUGCUGGGAACGGUCAGUGGAGCAACGCGCAUUAUCACGCGGAAAUCCUUUAAACCUUCUUUAGCACUAGAUCUACUUGAACGCUUUCGAGUGUCACUCGCAUUUUUCCCACCGUCAGCUGCAAUAGCCAUGCUCAAACACCCACGUGUUUUGAAAACGGAUUUUAGCAACUUACGAGUUUUGUUCUCCGGUGGAUCAAUGGUUUCAGCAGAUCUGAAACAAUCCUUUGAAAAAUUAGUUCCGAAAGCUAAUUUCCAUGUGGGCUACGGCUUAUCCGAAGCGGGGGGAGUGGUUACACUGUCGGAUAAUAAUAUAUACAAAAACGGAUGCACUGGAUAUUUAAGACCAACUUGUCGGGCAAAAAUAGUAGAUGAUCUCGGACAUGCCCUAGAUAUUGGGAAAGAAGGAGAAAUACUUGUUAAAAUGGAAUACUGUUUCCUUGGCUACUAUGGAAACCAAAAAGCAACGGAUGAAAUGCUGGACAAGGAAGGCUGGCUGCAUACCGGAGACAUUGGAAGGUUUGACGAAGACGGAAUACUGUUUGUAGUAGAUCGUAAAAAGGACAUCAUCAAGUACAACAAUUUCCAGAUAUCACCCAGCGAAAUUGAAACCGUAAUUUCGACACUCCCUGGAGUGGCAAACGUGUGUGUAGUUGGAAUUCCAAUUACUGGAAAUGAUCUUGUGACUGCUUUGGUAACCAGAAGCGGCAAUGGCGACGUGAGUGAAACCGAUGUUCACCAAGUUGUGGAGCGUGAACUUGCUGAUUUCAAGCGACUGCGUGGUGGGGUACAUUUUAUCGAGAAAAUACCACUCACUCCUUCCGGAAAGGUUUUGCGAAAAGUGUGUCGCGAUACUGCUAUCGAAUUUUUCAACAACUGUAGUGAUACGCAAAACUAGCGACGGAACAUGAAUGUUAAAUUUGAAUCAUUAUUGAUCAGUUUUUUCAGUUUUAAAGUUGUUUAUUUUCUAGCUCAUCUGCGGUAGCUUAACGGAGCAGUGUUUACAAUCAAUUUUGCUUUAAAAAAAGAACAAACUUUGUUAGUGAGAGUGAUCGUUACGCCCGAUUUACUGGGGUUAGUAUGUAUACAAUUUUUCUGGUGAGGGAUAUUUGGGUUGGGAGUUGAGUUUGUUUAUAACUUAAUUAUUGUUAUCGACUGAUAUCUUAUUGCUAGUAACUAUUAUUUCCUUUAAUAUUAUUGCUACUAGUAUUGCUAGCUAGUAAACUAUUAUUUCUUUUAAUAUUAUUGCACUGCGUAUUCCGUUUGUUUGAAUCUGGAAAUUUUUCCUCUACGGGUACCGCUAAAGUCGAAUCAGGUUGUCGUUUUUGUGUCUUCAGUAUAAGCCAUAAGCCAUCAAUUUUCGUGUAGUGGGAUGAUAAAUCUAACAAUUAGAUAAAAGAGUUUAAAUUUUGAUGUCGGCGUUUUUCAGAAAGCUGUAAAGCUCUGACAUGUACUGGAAAUCUCCGCUUGCCAGGAUGUCUCUAACGGGAACGUUUAGCUGUCUUCCUCGGGCCCGAAGGGAAUCUGUUAGCUUGGACCUAACAUCACAGAAUUCGGAACACGACCAAACAACAUGCUCAAUGUCGUGGUAGCCAUCACCACAAACACAGUGAUUACUGUCUACAAGCCCUAUACGAAAGAGAUGCGUGUUUAACGUGUAGUGAUUGGACAUAAGUCUGGACAUCACGCGAAUGAAGUCGCGACCUACAUCCAACCCCUUGAACCAUGCUUUCGUCGAUACCUUAGGAAAAAUGGAAUGUAGCCACCGUCCCAGUUCAUCUGAGUUCCAUAAUGAUUGCCAGCUAUUGAGUGUUCUCUGACGCAAAAUGCUGUAAAAUUCAUCGUAAGCAAUUGGUCUUUCAUAAAUAUCGCCAUCAAUAGCACCCACCUUAGCUAAAGAGUCAGCCUUCUCAUUGCCCGGAAUGGAACAAUGAGAAGGGACCCACGCUAAGGUAACCCGGUAAUUUUUAUCUGUUAAAGCACUUAAGAACCGUCGUAUUUUCCCCAGGAAAUACGGGGUGUGCUUCACAGUCUUCAUCGAUCGCAGAGCCUCUAUGGCACUGAGACUGUCUGUGAAGAUGAAGUAGUGGUCUAUGGGUAGGGUUUCGAUGAUCCCAAGGGAGUACUGAAUAGCAGCAAGUUCUGCGGUGUACACGGAAGCAGGAGCAUCGAGUUUGUAGGAGGCGGUAAAAUUUUCGUGGAAAACACCGAAGCCAGUGGACUCAUCUAGAUUAGAUCCGUCAGUGAAAAACCUUUUAUCACAACUAACAUGUUUGAACUUAUUGGAAAAAAUCUUAGGGAUCUCUUGCGGUCGUAAUUGAUCCGGGAUACCAAUAGUGUCUUCUUUCAUGGUGGUGUCGAAGAAUAUAGCAUUAUUUGAAGUAUUUAAAGGUGCGACAUUGGAGGAAUCGUAUGAAGAAGGAUUAAUGUCUUGAGCCAUAUAGUCAAAAUAUAAAGUCAUAAAUCUGGAUUGAGAUUGAAGGUCGACCAACCUCUCGAAAUUUUCAAUUACUAAUGGGUUCAUGAUCGUGCAUCGAAUAAGUAUCCGGUAAGAGAGAUUCCAAAAGCGAUGUUUCAACGGAAGAAUACCCGCUAGCACUUCAAGACUCAUCGUAUGGGUCGACUGCAUGCAGCCCAAGGCAAUACGCAAACAACGAUAUUGUAUUCUUUCUAGUUUUAUAAUGUGUGUUUUCGCAGCGGAGCGAAAGCAGAAACAACCGUAUUCAAGAACUGACAGUAUCGUUGUUUGGUAUAACCUUAAAAGGUCUCCUGGGUGGGCACCCCACCAGGUUCCGGUAAUCGUACGAAGAAAAUUAAUCCUCUGUUGGCAUUUUUGUGUCAGAUACCUAGUAUGACAAGCCCAGGUGCAUUUAGAGUCGAACCAGACCCCGAGAUAUUUAGCGACUAAAACCUGAGAGAUCGUUUUACCCGUUAGUAGGAGCUGCAGCUGAGCUGGGUUAUGCUUCCUAGAAAAAACGACCAACUCAGUUUUCUCCGGAGAGAAUUCGAUACCCAGCUUAAGAGCCCAUUCAGACAAAUUGUCUAAAGUAUCUUGCAAUGGUCCUUGCAGAUCGCUAGCCUCGCUACCAGUAAUGGAUACAACGCUAUCGUCCGCAAGUUGCCGUAGCGUGCAUGAAUUGGCAAUACAUUCAUCGAUGUCAUUAACGUAAAAAUUAUAUAAGAGAGGGCUUAAACAUGAGCCCUGGGGAAGACCCAUGUAACUAAUGCGGGAAGUUGUCGAAUCACCAUGUGAGAAAUACAUAUGCUUGUCUGACAACAAAUUGAGCAAAAAAUUAUUUAAAUUUGGUGAAAGUCCCUGCGAAUGAAGUUUCUCGGUUAAAACUUCUACAGAGACAGAGUCAAAAGCCCCCUUAAUGUCCAAAAAUGCAGAAGCCAUUUGCUCUUUUCGAGCAAAGGCGAGUUGAAUUUCAGUAGAAAGCAACGCUAGGCAAUCAUUCGUCCCUUUGCCCCGGCGAAAGCCAAAUUGAGUAUCUGAAAGUAAACCGUUUGUUUCGACCCAUUUGUCUAACCGUAAGAGGAUCAUUUUCUCCAUUAAUUUCCGGAGGCAAGAGAGCAUAGCAAUCGGCCUAUAAGAAUUGUGAUCAGAGGCAGGUUUUCCGGGUUUUUGAAUAGCAAUGACUUUUAUCUCCCUCCAGUCGUGCGGAACAAUGUUUAGCUCAAGAAACUUGUUGAACAAGUUCAACAAGCGUCUUUUUGCAGAAUCGGGUAGAUUCUUCAACAAGUUGAAUUUUAUUCUAUCCAACCCUGGAGCUUUAUUGUUGCACGAAAGGAGAGCCAUCGAAAAUUCCAACAUCGAAAAUGGGGGCUCUUCCGUAGUUACUGAAAACGCGUCGCGAAAAAUCUUCUGUUCCGGAACAGAGUCCGGGCAGACCUUUUUGGCAAAAUCGAGUAUCCAGCGAUCUGAAUACUCCUCGCUCUCAUUCGAAACGUUACGAUUCCGCAUGCGCCUGGCGGUAUCCCAAAGAGUGCUCAUCGCUGUUUCCCUUGAUAACGCGUUUACGAAGCGCCGCCAGUAUCCGCGUUUUUUCGCUUUCAUUAAGCUCUUCAUCUGCCUGUCCAGUAUCUCGUACCUUCGAAGCAGCUUAACCGAGCCAUACUUUCGGUAGUCCUUAUAUGCCGAGGACCUUCGCGCGUACAGUUCAGAGCACUCUUUGUCCCACCACUUGGUAGGAGGACGCCGUCUAAUUGUUGUCCCGGGUAUUGGUUUCGUCUGAGCUUGAGUCGCGGCGUCGAUAAUCAAGCCAGAAAGGAACGCGUAUUCUUCCUCCGGAGGAAGUUCCUCGUGAGACUCGAGAUUUUCCGCUAUGAAAGUCUCAUAACGCUUCCAAUCAAUGUUACGUGUGAGGUCGUAUGACAUAUUGAUUGGAUUCGCGGGAGUUGAACCAUUAGCAAUUGAAAUAACGAUUGGAAGAUGAUCACUACCGUGAGGAUCAUUGAUUACUUUCCACUGGCAAUCUAACGCUAGUGAUGUCGAGCAAAGGGAUAGGUCUAGCACGCUUUCACGUGCUGGAGGAUUAGGUACACGUGUCGCUUCCCCAGUAUUCAAAAGUGUCAUAUUGAAGUCGUCGAUCAAGUUACAAAUUAAAGAAGAUCGGGCGUCGUCGUAUUGCGAUCCCCAUUGCAGACAGUGGGAGUUAAAAUCUCCCAAAAUCAAAAAAGGUGCGGGAAGCAAUUCUGCUAUGUCAGAAAGUUGCCUCUGUUCAAUCCGCACGGAUGGAGGAAUAUAUAUCGAAGCAAUGCAAAGGUCUUUUCCAUUCAUAUUUGUUUGAAUGGCAACGACUUCAAUGUUCGAGAUCCGAGGGAGGUUGAUUCUAAAAAAGGAGUAGCACUUUCUGAUCCCUAAAAGUACCCCUCCACCAUGUGAGUCUCGGUCUCGACGGAUUAUGUUAAAAUCGUGGAAAUUGGGUUGAUUAUUUGAAUUUAGGAAAGUUUCACAAAGCGCAAAAGCGUCACAAUUAUAAGUGUUUAUUAAAUGAGAAAAUAAAUCGAGUUUGGGGAUGAUACUUCUGCAAUUCCACUGUAAUACAGUGAUAAAACUCCUAACCUCUUUCGCCGUCUUAGUCAUCGAAAGAUAUGAUAGCUGAAAUGAGGGGCCAAGUUGCUGCUAGUUGUUUCAAAAAUGUUUUCACUGUAGGGAGGAGGGCAAGAAGAAUGUUUCUAAGGGGAUCUGUUAUGUUGAAUGUUUUGAAUAUCCAGUCCACAAUAUCAGAGAAAUUUAUAAACCCUGUUUCUUUUUUAUCCUCUGAUCGAGAAAUGGGUGCACGAGGGGUUUUUGGUGCCCCAGGAAGCGGUGGGUACUCCUGGUUAGAUUUGAAAUUAAAACCGGGAGGUACUUGCUUCGGUUUUUCUUCACCGCUUCUUUUUUGCGUAGGUUUAUUGGUCAUUCCGCUAGGGGUUAUCUUACGACCUUUGCGAGAAAGAUUAGGAGAGUUUACUAUUCUCCUCUUCCUAGAUCCUUCUGGCAUGGCAUAAGAACACCCUUCGACGGGAUCGUCAGAUGUACCCUCAUCGGUUGGCA